CGUUCGAGAAUCAACAUCGUUACUUUGAAAAUUCUCUCAUUCCGACGAACGACCGACCGACGGACGGAUUGUAGAAUGUAGUGUAAAAGAUACAAUUAGUAUCAAAAGGUUUAUGAUGUCUAGUUUUCUUUCUUAUUCAUUCUCGCUUAUAAUAAGGCCGUGCUAAUUUUUCAAGUGAAGUGAAACACCAUUGUAUGUAUCUACGACGUACUUACGUAUUUUUAAUGUCCCUGCAUUUGUGUGCAUUGUAUCUGUAUCUAUCGGGUGUGUUCUUAUGAGUUUAUUGUUAUUUUUUUUGAGUGAUUCAUCUUCGAAAAACUCGCUGACGACGUUCACUCAGCACUCACUUUAAUCUAUUGUAGCUAAUAUCGAGUCCGAGUAUCAAAAUUCAAAAAGUGCUUCGGUUUUAUGUUGCAUUAAUUCAUGAAGUGGUUGAUUAAAUUCUCUGAGCAAUAAUAUCUACAAUCAGCAUAUUUUAUACCCUGAAAGAUAUAUAAAUUCUUUUAUAUGUAUGUACUUGAGGUUUCAAUGUAGAACUAUUAAUACAAAAACCACCAUCACAUUAUUGUUUUUGAUCGGCUUUAAUUGCUGUUUUGGUUCAUUUAUAUUAAGUCCGAAAAAAUGAUAACAAAGGAAUUAUAUCAAAAAGUUCCCAGUUGUAGUGAUAUGUGUAGUUUAAUGAACUAAAAUAAUAUAGAAUCCAAAUCCGCACCACAAAAUGAAGUGUAAAAAAGUGAAAAGUGAUGAGAAGUGCAAUAUUAUGUUUUAUUAAAAUUUGUACAUGCGAAUUAAUUUGAAAUAACCAAAGGAGAUUUAUUUUUGAAAAAUAAGCUGCAGUGGUCAUAUUUCAUUCUAUUCCUACCGUAUUCUACCUGGAUUUAAGUGUUUUUAAGAAGGCGAACUUCAGUCGUUAACUGAGAUGAACAUUAUGGAGGGCGAGGAAAAAAGGCCAGUGCCGAUGCCUCGUCGCUUUAUACCCGAUCCACGAAAAAGUGAAUAUGAAAAUGUCACCAUCAACAUAAUCGAUAAAAAAUUAAACAUAAGUUCAGAGAAUAUUCAGGCUAAGGCUAUAAUUGAUAAAUGUCCUGAUAAUAAAGUCUUCCAUGUGCAAUCAGCGGCGGCGGCGGUGAUGGUGACACCGACCGCUACCACAACAACGACGGAUGCCUUAACACCGGAGACACCUGAAGUCACCUCGACUGAAACAAACAAUCUCCAUGAGAAAGGAGAUGAAAAUCAAAAUAUUCCAGAGCAUGUCAAGCAACCACAACUUGAACUUACUGAACCCACAACAACAUCUACAAAAACAACAUCUACUCCCAUUCCAGCUCCACGAAAACCACUAAACAAUGAAAACAAUGCAAUUAGCAAUGAAGUGUAUGAAAAUGUUGCUUCAUUGCCACGCCCCCCUCCACCUGGGGCUAACGGGACAGGGGCAACCAGCAAAGAAACCCCAGUAAAACGUAGAGCUCCCGAUAUACCGCCAAAGACUUAUUUAGAUGUGGUGAAACCAACUCGCUACUCCAUUGGCAGUGAGUCAAGUUUUGCAUCCGAUUUGAAUGAUUCCACGAGUAUGUUUGAGAUCUCGAAGAGUAUGAAAUCAUCAUCGAGUACGACCCUGAAUUCCUCAAUGGAAGAUUCAGCGACUGGCAGCAGUGAGAAUUCAAAAUUCAAAUCACCACGUCCCGGGUAUGUACCACCACCACUUCCAAUUCCUUCAACACAUCCAUCAGAAUUAGGCGACAGCAGCGAUCCAAAUGAUCUCCUUAAGUCAAUUGGAACAACAUCAAAACUUCUAACCGAAUCGAUAAGUGAACGAGUUGCCAUGAAAGCCAAAGGUGCCAAACAUAAGCUUGAUAAAAACUUCAAAACCUCACAAGAUCUUAUAAAUAAUUUAAGUGCAGAUGCUUCAUUUCGUUUGAAAAAUGUUGGCAAAAAAAUCAAUACCAUCGGAAAUAAUUUUACCUUGACCAAAAAGGACAAGAAAAAACCCACUACUGCAGAAGAUUUUGAUGCCGAAAGGCCUCAGACUGUUCCACCAAAUGAUCCAGUCUUUAAGUCGAUUUCAUUUAGCAGUCCAAUGAAUAAAACUAAUGGAGUUGUUGAUUUGACUAAUGGUGGUGAUGAAGUCGAUGAUGGUUCGUAUGAAGUUCCUCGAAGUAUCAAGGUUCAAUCAUUGAACGAAGACUAUCCAUGUCCUUCGUAUGAAGAUGCCAUGGGUGAUAAGGCUGCUACGUCAAAAUCACUUCCUCACAAAAGUAUUCCUUCAAAACCUUUAAACCUGCCUCCACGACCGUCUCUUGAAGUGCUUGCCUCCUUACAGGCGAAAAGUCAUAGUAGCAAUAAUACAAAUUUAACAGAUGACAAUAAAAGAACUUCAGCUGAAUUGUCAAAGCCAAUGCCCAAAUUUCCCCCUCCUCCACCUCCAUCGUCUGUUGGACGUGCCAAAGAUGAAGUGAUUUAUGGAAAACUCAAGCCAAUAGAACCCCCAACAAGACAAAAACGAAGAAAAAACUACGAACCCAUUGAACUGCGAAACGUCAAUGAGGAGCCAUUCUCGACAAGAGCCACCGUUGAUUCUACCGAAAUCCGCAUCAGAGAAGAGGAAGAAGCCUCUCGCCUGGAGUCCUUAAGGCUCAAGGAAAUAAUUCGUUUAGAAGAGGCUGCAACUCCCAAGCCAGAACGUAGUGACUCUUGGGAAUACCAUGAAGAAAACGAAGACGAGGGCUCGUCAUCUCCUGAACCAUUGUACGCAAAUCAAGAAGCUACUUACGGAAAACUUUUCGAAAUGGAAUCCAGCUCGAAAGAUCUUCUCACGCCCCAAAUGAGGAAUUUGAAUAUAAGCCCCGCAAGACCACCAGUUAAUUCCUAUCGAUUCUCUCGUCAGCCAGCAGCUGUUAAGGAUGUACUCUAUGAGUUCGAUCCACUAACUCAAAAUCGUCAGCCAUCUUCGGUUGGUGAAAACGACAAAAGCAAUGAACUUCUUUUGCUUGAACACAUGCUUCAGGAAGAGACUUAUGGCCGCAUUCCGAGUGCACAUCAAUCAGCCGACGAACAAAGCAUUUGUACUUCUGAGGAGGACAACAGCAACGUGGCUAGUACAUCUGCCGCAGCUGCAGCUGCCUCAGCAGAAACAUGUCAGCCAACAAGUUCAAAAAAAGUUAAUAUCCGGAAAGCACCUCCAGCAGCUCCAUCCUCACCAACGUCGAAGGUGCAGAUUAUUCAUCAAAAUCCCAACCUUAGAUCCGACAGCAUGGAAAAUAUAGUCGAAGAAUGUGAAGUCCAACCGUAUCUGUCGACAGUCGAUGAAAAUUCAGCAUCAUCAUCAAACCCCGAUUUGUCGCGGCCUUCCCAGAAGCAGACAAAUUGGUUUGUCAAUGAUGAAAAGUCUCCUCAGGCCCGAGUUAACCCCUUUGAUAAGCUUCAACAUUUCGAAGGCGAAAGUCCACCAACGUACCUUGAAGCUAUAUCCGGAUCUGAUUCCAAAUCAUCAUCCUCAUAUUCCACAGCCGAGCUUAAAUCCCGGACGGCCAAAUUCUCAAAGAAUAUGCUCUCAAGUGUAAGAACUCGUGUCGAUGCACUCAAGCGAAAGACAAGCUUUCGAUCGAGUCGUUCAAUGGAUGUGAAAGUGCCCAUCGCUAUGAUUCCCAGACCAUCGCUUUCGCCAUACUUGGUGCGCUACGAAGGUCCGUUGAUUCGUUUUCCCAGUGGUGUUGUUGAGGAUAUACUCAAAGAAAUUCAGAAUCGUAAGGCAAUUCUGCGCGAUAAGCAAUUUCAAACAUAUUUGGAUCAUGAAAUGAAGAAUCCCAAGGAAAUGAUUCCUUUAGAAAAUAUCACAACUCUGCAGUGUGUUAGUAAUAGUCGUGUGACAGACAAUUCGACACAUUUCUAUUGUUUCGAGUUGACUACAUCAGUUCCGAAGAAUCAAUCUUCACAAAUGCAAAUGACCAAUCCUAAUGUCAUCAUGAGCAGUGGAACCUCGGGAAAUUGCAAGAUGUCUCGAGUAUGUCAUUUGUAUGGAGUUGGCAAGGAGUCAGAAAGAUCGGUUUGGAUGCAAAAAAUCAUGGAAAGUAUGACAAAUGUGUUUCCCACAAAAUAUACUUACACAUUCUACCGAGCUGGGUGGUGCUACUUAAAGAAUUCAAUAACAUCUGAGUGGAGUGGAACAUGGCUGCUUUUGAAGAAACUUAAACGAAACUUAUAUUUUGUUAGUGAAUCAAACUCUAAUAUUGAAAAGAUGGAUCUACGUAAAGCUCGAUGCAUAGUUUUGAAAGAAAACGACGAAUCCAUAGAAAAUCUACACGUGGAAAAAGGUCCAAUUUUGAUGAUAGACUGUCCCCCUUACACCGUUUAUAUGAUUAUGACAUCCGCUCGAGAAACAAAAAUAUGGCGUCACAUCAUCCGAGAAGUAGCUCACAACAAUGGUUGCACAUUGGACGAACAACAAUUGACAAAAUUCGAUGUUCCUGUUCUGGUUGAUAAAUGCAUCAAUUUCGUCUACAUACACGGUUCGAUGUCAGAAGGCAUCUAUCGUAAAUCCGGCUCGGAAAAUUCAAUUUUAAAAUUACUCUCACAAUUUCGUGCUGAUGCAUUUAAUGUUGAAAUAACUCGAAAUGAAUUCAAUGAACACGAUGUGGCAAAUGCCUUGAAACGUUUCAUGCGUGAUCUGCCAGUUCGUCUAUUGGGAAAAACUUCGGAAAGUUUCAUUAGUAUAACAGCACUCGAUUCGAAGCAAACAAAAAUUGAUGCCUACAAGGAGCUUCUGGGUCGAUUGCAUGUCAUCGAAAGGGAAACUUUGAAGAAAAUUAUUGGUCAUUUGGCUUUUAUCAAUUCGCAGAAACAAAAGAACAAAAUGGGCGUGAAUAAUUUGGCAAUGAUUUGGGGUCCAACGCUAUUGCAAAAUGCGGUAGAGGAAAUGACUUAUUCACAAAAAGAAGCUGAUGUGAUAGUCGAUUUGGUUAAUCUUUACAAACAUCUGUUUCCCUUUACCGAAGAAGAAAUCAAACGGGAACAGGAAAUGCUUGUUUGCCUACAAAAGUAUUACUUCGCAGCUGAAACAUUUACGGAUUCUGUGAAAAAAUCAGGAGAUUUAAAAAUGUGGAUAACUCUCAAUAAUAAUCCCAACAAUUUAGAUGAGGAAAAGGACCAAGUAAACGUUACAAUAACCCCAACAAAAACUGCCUAUGAAAUUUGUCAAGAAUUGGCCCCAAAAAUGAAUGCUUCCACUCACGAAGUAACUCUCUACGAGGUUAUUCUCAAUGGAAAUCUAGAGCGACCUCUUCAUCAUGACACAAAAGUAUUCGAUGCUGUUCUUAGUUGGUCAUAUUGGCCCGAAGAAGAUCGUAAACACAACAAUUUGGUACUAAAACCUAUUGAUAUGUUAAAAGAUGUCCAGAGAGCUGUUAAAAAUUUAGCAACUGUAACUCCUGGCAAGGAUUUAAAAUUCGCCGAUAAUAAAACCAAGUCAUUAAAAUGGUAUCACGUUGAGUUGAGAGAUGGAAAAAUUGUUAUAUUAAAACGUGAAAAGAAUGGAUCACUAACAAUUGUUAGGGAAAUUUUCUUGCAUUCCGUUACUGCCUAUUUGGGUUGUGAAAAGAAAAGGGAUUCCCAAUGGACUUGGGCUAUUACAUUUGUUGAGAGCAAUAAGAAACAAAUUUUAAGGUCUCGUGAUUCCCCUUACAUAGGACAUGUGAUAGCAGGAAGUGAAUGGGUCGACAAGACAAUAUGGUUCUCAAGCAUUUGGUAUAGUUUAUAUGGUGAAAGUAUACUGCCACCAGCUGAAAUAAUUAUGAAAUAGUUUAAUUCAGUUUUUUAAAAUAAGUAAAUAAUACAAUCAAAUUAUUUUACUAGAGUAUUUUUUAUAAGCAAUGUAAUAUUAUGUGAUACCAAAAAACAAAAAAAGAAACUCUUUAUUGCACAACAACCUUAUUCAUUUAAAUUGAAAUCAAAAAAUACAUAAAUUGCAUUAAGCAUUAAAUCAAGCUUAUACAAAUAUUGUAGGUUUUUUUUUUUAAUAAAAAGAUUCUUUAUUUUAAA